AUGGAGGCCCUUAAUGCUGCUGGUUUGACACCUUUAUCUGUUCUUUCAGAAAAAAGAACUGAACCCAGAAAAGUCCCACAUUUACAUACCAUUUCUCAGCUGAAGAAUUUGCCUAAAGCAGCCAAAUUAUCAGUCUUUUCUCCAAGAAAUAUCAAUUCGGGUGGUGGGUUAGUUCUUCUGAAUUGUCUGCUUGGAAAUGGAUUAGCAAGAGCUCUCACAUAUGAGGAAGCUUUGGAGCAAUCGGUGGAUGGAUUCUCCAGCUCUGAAUUUGAUUCUAUUAUCGAUUUCAUAGUAAACAAUCCCCUGGUUGCAGGUGCAGGUGUAGCCAUUGUGGCGGUGCCAUUAAUUUUGGCUCAAAUUUUGGGUGGUAAACCCAAGGCUUGGGGUGUUGAGUCUGCUAAAUCUGCUUAUGCAAAAUUAAGUGAGGAUGUAAACGCACAGUUGCUUGAUAUAAGGCCUCCAGCUGAAUUAAGGAAAGUGGGGAGCCCCGAUGUGAAAGGUUUGAAGAAGAAGGCUGUUAAUGUUGUCUACAAAGGUGAUGACAAAUUGGGAUUCUUAAAGAAGCUGUCUUUGAAAUUUAAGGAACCGGAGAAUACUACAUUGUUCAUCCUGGACAAAUUUGAUGGAAACUCUGAAUUGGUUGCUGAGCUUGUUACAUCAAAUGGCUUUAAAGCUGCUUAUGCUAUCAAAGAUGGAGCUGAAGGCAGCCGAGGAUGGAUAAACAGUGGCCUUCCAUGGAUAAGUCCAAAAGCAUUCAGCCUUGAUAUCAGCAGUCUGACUGAUGCUUUCAGUGGUUCAGUUGGGGGGGGGUCGGAUUCAUUAGCGCUGAACCUUGGCAUUGUUGCUGCUGCUGCUGGAUUAGGAAUACUAGCAUUCACAGAGGUCGAGACUAUUCUCCAAGUCCUGGGUUCGGCCGCGCUUAUUCAGGUCAUCAGCAACAAGUUUCUGUUUGCAGAGGAUAGGAAGAAGACUCUACAACAGGUUGAUGAGUUUUUGAGCACAAAAGUUGCUCCGAAGGAGCUUGUAGAUGACGUUAAGCAAAUCGGGAAGGCUCUUCUGCCGUUGCCUGUGACCAGCAAGGCUCUACCUGCGGCAACCGAGGCCAGCCCUGAGGUAAAUGAUGCAGUAGUACCAUCCAAAGUCGAAGCAGUAACCGAGGUGAAGGAGGAUGCUGCUGCUGCAGCACCAUCUAAAGUGGAAACAGUAACUGAGCAAAGUAGUACGCCAGAAAUCAAUUCGGUCCCUAAAGCUAAAGCCGAAACAGAUACGCUGCCGCCAAUUUCAACUCCACUUUCGCCUUAUCCUAACUAUCCGGAUUUGAAGCCUCCCACAUCGCCUAUGCCUUCACAACCAUAG